UUAGAGUCAGAAUAGCUGGGUUCAAAUAUGACUCUGCCACUGAGUAGCUGAGUGAUUUCGGGUGAGUUAUGUAAGCUCUAGAAUCUAAAUUUCCUCAUCUGGAAAAUGGGGUUAAUGACUUCUGCCCCGGGUUGUUGUAAGGAUUAAAUUAGACAAAGAAUCUGAAAGCAAUUGGACAAAUGCUUGUGAGUAAAUAAUUAGUAAUUUGUGGAAUGGAAAUUGAGGAUAAAUCCCCGACAUGGGUGUCUUCAUUGCGUCUCUAUUGAGUUGUAGUGGAUGAAUAAUUCUGGGAUUUUGUUUUUCGAAAUGAUCGAUGUUGGUUCUAUGCUGCAACCUUGGGAAAGAAAUGCAAUAGAGUUUUCAAGGGGAAGGCGGCUGGCAGGGAGACAGGAUGAAUAUGUUGAUGCUGGACCCCCAAACUGAGCUUUGUCUUGAGCUGGCUACAAACCGCAACCUGUGGGGGUUCUGGGGAAGACCUUCGAUCAUGAUUCUGGAAGGAAGUGGUGUAAUGAAUCUCAACCCCAGCAACAACCUCCUCCACCAGCAGCCAGCCUGGACAGACAGCUACCCCCCAUGCAAUGUUUCCAGCGGGUUUUUUGGAGGCCAGUGGCAUGAAAUCCAUCCUCAGUACUGGAGCAAGUAUCAGGUGUGGGAGUGGCUCCAGCACCUCCUGGACACCAACCAGCUGGACGCCAGCUGCAUCCCUUUCCAGGAGUUCGACAUCAACGGCGAGCACCUCUGUGGCAUGAGCUUGCAGGAGUUCACCCGGGCGGCGGGGACGGCAGGGCAGCUGCUCUACAGCAACCUGCAGCACCUCAAGUGGAACGGCCAGUGCAGCAGUGACCUGUUCCAGUCGACACACAAUGUCGUUGUCAAGACUGAACAAACCGACCCUUCCAUCAUGAACACCUGGAAAGAAGAAAACUAUUUAUAUGACGCCAACUAUGGUAGCACAGUAGAUUUGUUGGACAGCAAAACUUUCUGCAGGGCCCAGAUCUCCAUGACAACCACCAGUCACCUUCCUGUUGCUGAGUCACCUGAUAUGAAAAAGGAGCCAGACCACCCCGCCAAGACCCACACCAAAAAGCACAACCCGCGAGGGACUCACUUAUGGGAAUUCAUCCGUGACAUCCUCCUGAACCCAGACAAGAAUCCAGGGUUAAUCAAGUGGGAAGACCGGUCUGAGGGCAUCUUCAGGUUCUUGAAAUCAGAGGCCGUGGCUCAGCUGUGGGGAAAAAAGAAAAACAACAGCAGCAUGACCUACGAAAAACUCAGCCGAGCCAUGAGGUACUACUACAAAAGAGAAAUUCUGGAACGUGUGGACGGGCGAAGGCUGGUGUAUAAAUUUGGGAAGAAUGCGCGUGGCUGGAGAGAAAAUGAAAACUGAAGCUGCUGACACUUUGAACACAAACCAACACAUAUCCCAAGUGAUAACAAACUGAGAACUCCUGGACUUAAAUAUCUCAAAGACUACUUUUCUCUGAUAUUUAUGUACCAUGAGGGGGAAAAAAGUCUACUUCUAACGGGAAGAAGGAACACUACAGAUGAUAAAAUUAUUUUGUUACUUUGAAGUAUGUCCUAUCUGGGGAACAAGCGUACACAGUUCUCUGUGAAAUAUGA